AUGCUUUGGAGAUUCAGUUUCGCAUCCAAUUCUACAUUGGAUGCGUUACUGACUCGCGAUAUAACACCUUCUUUAGAGGAAGUAUUGGAUGAACAAGAUAUUUUAAGUGAAUGUAAAGCUCAAAAUCAAAAAUUAGUAUCAUAUUUAUCAAGAGAAGAAUCGGUGAAAUCGUUAUUACAAUGGGUAGUAGCUGGAUUAGAUGAAUUGAAUCAACAAGCUAAAGAAGCUGAAAAUGAAUGUUUAAAUAUCGCAUUAACUUCACCUGAUUUAUAUCCUUCUUAUCGUCCGUCUACCUCCUCCCCUUCUUCUUCUCGACCUUUGGUGAUACCUGGAACAGGACCAAAUAGUCCUCCAUUGGAAACACCGAAUUUGGUCAAUGUAGAUCUCAAUGAUACACCGAAGAAUGGAGAAAUCAACUCAGAGGAAAAGGUGGACGAUAAUGGUGAUGAUACGGCCGAAAUCACAUCCCAAGAAGAAAAAGAGGAAGAAGAUGAUGAAUUUGAUGGUUCAGAUGUAGGUUUAGGGAGAGGUCUGAGAAGGAAAUCUGAAGGGGAGGAUGAUAUACAUCGUUCAAAAUAUCCCAGCUUGGCAACCGAGAUUCUUUGUUGUGUAGAACUGUGGUCUGUUUCCGAAACUAUAAUACACAAUCCGGAAUACCUCCUAGCUCCUUUCUGGGAUGCCAUCUUACCGCCUAUAAAUCCGGAUGACCCGAAAUCAGAAGCCAACAAUGAUACCUCGUCUAACGUUUCACGUCAAGAAGCUUCUGAGAGGGAAAGAGCAAGAAAUGAAUUUUGGAGUGAAAAAGAUGAAGAGAGAGAUAGAAGAAGAGAAAUGAUAAGAGGAAUGUGGAUGCGAGUCAACGGUGCUCUCAUGACUAAACGUACACCUGAAAUGAUGCGGUUCAUACAAUCUUUACCUAAUAUCGUAGAACGGAUAGUGGCCCGUAUAGCAAGUCCUGCGGUUCAAGAUAUUCUCAUUCGAAUAGUCUCGUCGGAAGAGAGCGGUGUAUCAGGUGUCAUAGAUUGGUUGGCGGAUGAAGGACUGAUAACUCGAUUACUCAUAUUCCUUUCACCACAUUAUUCGACUUCAGUCCAUUCGGUCAUCGCUGAAAUCCUCAAAUCAAUCAUCACUCUCUGCGCCCCAUUACCUUUCAAUCCUCAUGGAGGUAAUGCAAUGGAACAACAAGCUGGUCAAGGUCAAGCUACUGGCAUCAGGGACAAUCGAUUGAUUCGAGAAUUGAUAUCGGAACCUAAUGUCAAGAUAAUGUUAGGGUUCAUGUUGGAUGAUAUCGAACUAACAGAUUCGGAUUGGAAUGGGAGGAACGGUCCGGAUUCAGAAGAUACAUCUCCAUCAGAUCCUUUUAUCGUUCACCCUUUACCUUCAAUAGCAUCAGCUACUUCAUCCCUAACGCAUAUCUGUUCGAUCUUAGUAGAAGUGAUUAGAAGAAAUAAUUCCGAUUUCUCAGAACCUCAUUUAUUCCAUACAUUGAGAAAUCGAUUGAUGAGCGUAAGAAUGCAACCUCAAACCAAUGGAGUCGUCCCAUCAAACCCAACCGAAGGAGAAUCUGAGAUUGAGACAGAACAAGAGAAAGAAGAGAAAGAUAGAAGACAUAUGGAAGAAGCCUUGGCCGAUAUGAGCUCCAGAAUGGGCAUAGUUCAUCUUGGUCAUCUAUUAGAUUUGAUUAGUCAAGGAUUUGGACGACUGAACCAUUUCGUCAUACGUCCUCGAUCUCAGGACCGGUCGGCAUCAGUAGCAGUAACGAAACCAUUUACGUUGGAACGAUUUCGAAUUCUCGAGCUAUAUGCCGAAUUGUUACAUAGUUCGAAUAUGUCGAUAUUGAAUCGUGUACCAGGGACUGGCCCGGCGUACACCGAAGAGGGAAUCUUAUCCGGUGGUUUGGAAGGUUUAGAAGCUUUGGGCGAAGCAAUUGAUGGCGAUCAAGCUGGGGAAGACGAUAAUCAGAAUCAAGAAGAUCGAGUCACUCUAGCUAAAGAAUUACCUGUUUCAAGUGGAUCAACGGAUGCUUCUUUGACUGAAUCAGAUGAUGUCGCAUCAGACGAUGCAGAAAUGCUGGAAAACAUAGAUGAUGAUGCUACCCCAUCGCAUUCCCCUUCAGCUUCCAAAGUUCUGGAACUGCCGAAAUCAAAUGGAGAAUCGACACCAGCUACCGUUCCUCCUCCACCAUCACCUGCCGACGUGGAGAGACUGAGAGAUGUCAUGGGAAUCGAAUCAAGACCAUCGUCUUUAUCCGUCGUUUCAGAAGCUGGUGCAGCGUCAAAUAUAGCCGUAGCAAAUUCAACAGCUGCACCUUCAAUUGCUUCUUCCGAUAAAUCAGAUCCAAUUCCUGCGGAGGAACUCGAUUCAGAAUUCAAAGCGAAUCCAUCCGCUCCACCUCCAAUGAAUGCUACUCCGAAAUGCGAAGAUCUGUCAAAAUUCGCACCGGGAGACAGACUGAAAAGACAGUACAUUAUCAAUUCAGUCAUACCGACAGUCGUCAAUUUGUUUUUCGAAUAUCCAAAUAACGAUUUCAUGCAUCAUGUAGUGUACGAUAUCUUGCAACAGAUUCUGAAUGGAAGAUUGGGUCCUGGAUUGAACAGUGAACUGGUGGUGGAAUUGAUCGUAAAAGCCAAAUUAGUGGAAAGGGUUAUUGAGGCACAAAGACUGAAUGAUCGUAUGGUUGCUCAAUCCAAAUGUCCCAGAUUACCAUAUAUGGGUCAUAUAACCCUGAUAUCAGAAGAACUGGUAAAAUUCUUCUCUCGAUGUCCACCUGAGUUAUAUAAUUCGAUAAAAGACUCUUUCAUCCAAUCAGAAUGGGAAGCAUUCGUCGGAACUUCCUUGAAAGAAGCCAAGGCACGUGACACACAUCCAUUGGCAGGUGGGAAACCCAUGACUUCGAUGAACAAUGGAUCUAUAUCUGAAAGUGAAGGAAUUUCCGGAACCAACAGAGAUGAAGAGAGUAGUUCAGAUGAAGAAGAUGGCAUUGAUCAAGUCGUCAAAUUCGGCGAACCAUUGACUAGAACUGUAGCUCAAGAUGGUUUCGCUCACAGAGGUACCGGUGAUAACGAUUUCGAUAAUUUCGGUGAGGAUGAAAAUGGAAAUGGAGAUGAAGAGGGUAUGGAUAGGUUCUGGAGAAACUCCGGCGUCGGUCUCGGUAGAAGAAUGGUCGAUUCGUCAGAUGAUGAUGACGAUGACGCAGAUUGGUUGAGACCUAGUCCCAACACCGCUUGGGGUAACAACGGGGGAGCAGAUGAGGAUGAUUUCGGGGCAUGGGAAACGGCUGGUCCCAAUAGACAAGGUGGAAAAGACGAAUUUGACGACGAUGAUGGUUGGGGCAAUUUCGCUUCGGGAUCACCCGCGUUCGCAUCACCCAACGCAAGCGCGAAUGCUGAAGAUCCAUUCAAAGAUGAAUUUGCACCUUCGGUUGUACGAGCUGAACCGGCUCCAAACGCAGAACCUUUAACGCCACGAGAUUGGGCAGAACAGUUCGAUCGUGCGUUUAGAGAAGGCAGUGAUCCUUCUUCAUCAUCCAACAAUAACGGGGUCACGGCGAUCGUCGUCCCCAAUCUGGACGAAGAGGAGGAUGAUGAAGAAGAAGAGGAAGAGGAAGGGCAUGGAGACCAUGCGAAACGAAUGUCAAUGUCAGCUGGCACAAGUAGCUGGACAUUCCAAGGUGAUGACGAAGGAGUUGAUUUGCCACCUACGAUAUCGCCUACUAUCCCUACACCGGCAUCAGGAGGAUUCGAUUUAGGUCCAGCAUUGCCCAGUGUACCUAUACCUAAAUCACUGAUCUCGACUUCACCAAGAAGGGAACCCCCUAAACCGAUUCCCUCAUCGCCAAUACGUGAAAACAUAUCAUCAUCACCAACAAGAUCAAGAAGGUUAUCAUCGUCUUCUUCUACUUCAUCAACAGCAUCUUCAUCAUCCUCACCAUUAAGUACAAGUCCGUUAUCACCAUCAACCAAUCCAAUUUUAACAUCAUCAUCGACAUCGAUACCACCUAUAAAUAUACCUAGAAGAAGGGGAUCACGUGGACAUGCACCACACCCUGGUCAUCCAAGUGGGACAUCACCUAAUUCACCAAACUCAUCACGUAAUAAAUGGGGUAUAGAAGCUUUCUCACCUCCAAAUCCAAGUUUGAUAGCUGCCGCAACGGAAGAAUCACCUCUAGGACCAGGAGUUUCACCAGAUACUAAAAUUACUGAUAGAGGUAUGUUACAAAGACAAGUCAAUGGAAAAACAGUCACUGUCCCCCAGGAUGAAAUCGUUGAAGCUAUAGAAAGGGCACAAGAUGAUAGUGAAGAUGAGCGGGAGGAGUCGGCGGAAAGCCCAACGGGAAGAUAA